AUGGGCCAUCUCGCAGUACUGCUGUCUUUAAUUUUGUUAAAAUUUGCGGAAGCAGCACCAAAAUGCGAAAAUGCGCUUCGUAAUGAAGUCAGGUGGUAUUUCGAUCAGACGCAUCGGAUAUGCAUGGCAACGAGGACGGAUUGUGUAUCACGUUUUCAAGUCGACGCCGAAUUAUUUGGGACUGAAGAGGAGUGUACUGUGAAUAGAAUGAACCGCUUCUGGAAAAAUGUGCGCGUACGCUGCCCGGUCGAUCUACGACUGGCGACAUUUGCCCGAACAAAUGGUGAUCGCGUGCCUUAUCUAUUCGAUGCUAGAAUGUGCCAUGAUGAUGGCUUCUCCGAUAUGUGCGAAAAAUCGGAAACCUGCUUUACUGUUGAAUACCUUGGGUUCUGUUGCAACGAUGAAGCAUUUCUGGGAGAUGGGCCAAACUCGGGCAUCUUCAACGUAACCGGCCUCGGCGGCCCCGGAUUGAACAUCCAAGGAAAAGCCGUCGCAAAGCCGCCCACCGAAGCACCAGUAAACUGCAACGAAGAUGGGGAUCGUAAUGAAGUCGAAUGGUACCGUAAUCCGCAAGGACGCGGUUGUGUGGCGCAGCGUAUCCAAUGCUCGUUGCCAAAAUUCGGGCGUGACAUUCGGCGUGAUGUGUUUCCGGAUGAGCAGAGCUGUAUGGACUUUUGGUUCCCCAACGAGCACAUCCUGCGAACAUUUGACUGUGGUGAAGCUGGAUUUUCUGCAGCAGUUGAUGCAAAUGGUUCUCCAUAUGUUUAUGAAAGGAGUCUCUGCGGCUCGGCACACGAUUCCGAUUUUUGCAAUCGAGAUGAAGUUUGUAAAACACUGAAUGACGUUGGGUACUGUUGUCAACGAUCUUCCGAAGGCCCAUUUAAAUACGCACAAAUCGGCAGGAAUGAUCCCACGCCUCCACUGCGCUUCAAUCGGAUCCGUCGUGUUAUAUUCGGGAGGUCA